AUGCUGAACCUCUUCCGCGUCCUGGGAGACCUCUCCCACCUGGCCUCCAUCCUGAUAUUGCUGAUGAAGAUGACGGAGCUGAAUGGUUGCGCCGGCAUCUCGUUCAAGUCCCAGGUCCUCUACCUCCUCGUCUACGUGACGCGCUACCUCGACCUCUUCAGCACCGAGUCCAUCUACAACAUCGUCUUCAAGAUCCUCUUCAUCGGCUCACAGGGCUACAUCGUCUACCUGAUGAUCGCCAAGUACAAGCCCACCAUCGACCAGAACCUCGACACCUUCCGCGUGCAGUACCUGCUGGGUGCCGCCGCCGUGCUCGCCGUCGUGAUCCCCUACAAGUACACCUUCAACGAGAUCCUGUGGGCCUUUUCCAUCUGGCUCGAGUCCGUCGCCAUCCUGCCCCAGCUCUUCAUGCUGCAGCGCACCGGCGAGGCCGAGACCAUCACCACCCACUACCUGUUCGCCCUCGGCGCCUACCGCGCUCUCUACAUCCCCAACUGGAUCUGGCGCUACUUCACCGAGCCCAAGCAUAAGGUCGAUUGGAUCGCUGUCGUCGCCGGCCUCAUCCAGACCGUCCUGUACUCGGACUUCUUCUGGAUCUACUACAACAAGGUCAUGAAGGGCAAGAAGUUCAAGCUCCCCGUCUAA